CGGGUGGAUACAGAUGACUGGUUGUCGAAUAAAUAGUUCCAGGUUACAUGAGAAAUAAUAAUUUUUUCUAUGUUAUUAUUUACUAUUGACUGUUGAAAUUCUCGCAAACGUUUGAAGGUAUUUUAAGACGAUAACAGCAUAGAAAUAUAAAUAAAAUAGAGGUUAGUUUAAGCUCUUUUAGCAUCGUUAGCUCUCAUAUUCAAAUAAGCAUGGCGGUGUCCUUGAGCUGCACAGGCAGCGUGAGGCUGCUGGGUGCUUUAGCCCGGUCCGGCUCAUUAUGCAGUUCAUCUGGAAGCAGAGCGCUUCAUGUCACUGCAGUGUGCUGCAAGAAUAAAGCGGCUCGUAUCCGAGUGGGGAAAGGAGACAGACCUUUGACCUAUGAGCAGGCUCUUCAUCCUCAUCAAAUUGGUCACCGCAAAGGAUGGCUGUCACAUCACACCAGUAACCUCAAAGGAGAAGAAGGAGCAGCUGAGCGUACCGUCGAGGACGUCUUCAUAAGGAGAUUCAUGUUCGGGACUUUCCACGGCUGCCUGGCCAACGAGGUUGUGAUCAAAAGGCGUGGCAACAUGCUCACAGUGUGCGCUUUAAUGUUACAGAAACUACCGCCACAGAAGUUUUACUUCUUAAUAGGAUAUUCAGAGUCUUUACUGUCGCACUUCUACAAAUGUCCAGUUAAGUUAGAGGUUCACACGCUGCAGGACAAAGCUGUGUAUAAAUAUCUGUGAUUAAACUGUGUAGAGCUAAAGCUAAUACCAGAGUUAACUGUUUCUUCUAAAGAUAAUAUACAACAAGAUGGAUUUUGCUCCUGAAUAAAGUGGUGACUUUGUUCCUGUCUUCAUUCCUGCUCACUGAGUCAUCCUGUUCAGUUUCUCCAGAAUGUACUUUUUCUGUUCUGCAGAAGUUUCCAGCCUCAUUUUUUUGUGAAAUGAACUCAUGAAAAUGCAAUCAUGUGUGUUAUUAAAACAUUAUGCCUGAAAUCA